AUGUUUGCACCAACUCAGCCAAUCACAACGACUAUGAAUGAUUUCAGGUGCAGCCAUUAUCUAAGAUGGUUAAUAUGCCCCUAGUGAUUUUUAUCUAACUCUCAGCUGUCAGCAUUCUAUCCCAUACAGCUCAAGUGACAAUGCCCUAACCGUUACUUAGUACCACCAAUGAAUGGCUAACCUGCACAAUAAACGACGGACAGAUAUCCAUUUGUAGCUUUCUUUGUGUUUGGCGAAUCCGCAGCUUCGUUUAGUAUACAAACAUUUGCUCGUUUAGUAUACACAUUUGUAACCGGAACGAAACGGGAAGUCAUUUUGUUUUGUCCGGAGAUGAAUAGCGCAAGGGUAUCAGGAGCUGAACAACCAAUCAAAUUGCGAGAAAAGCACUAUCCAUGCACCUCCCGAGUAUGUGCUAAAAGAAUUGAGUAUUAAAAACGUUAAGUAGGUAUAACUAUGUAUAUGGAAACAAAACGUUAUAUCACUAAAAGAAAGUCGUUAUUUUCAUUUGUUAAGAUGAAUGGGUAAACUCAAUAAUUGAAAAAGCGUGUAACCCAAACAGAGCAGAAAGCUUGGCAAAUGAAGAGUUAGCUCGUCUUCAAAAGUACAUCAAAGAAUUUCCUGUUUCGUACGUGUAUACUCAUCAAGCAUCGAGCAAGGAUCCUUUGACUGAGAAACUUCGUAAAUCCAUGACGAGCAAUGUUAAGUCGUCAGCUCACCGAAGUUUGUUAAAUCCGAAAAAUAGAGGUGAAUUUGGAAGAAAUAAUAGAAAGUUUGUACAUGACGAUCAACAAGUUUUCAGCUUUGCAAAAGAUGACCUCAAGAAUGCUUCGACAAAAAUUCCCGCAAGAUUGUUUGGGCCUCUCGCUUCUUACAUCAAAUCAAUUGGUCAAAUUUCGUGUUCGGAAAUUCGAGGAACUUGUUGGCUUGUGGGAGACAUGUUGGUAAUAACUAACUAUCAUGUUUAUAUGUUGAUCAACAAAGAAAGAGAGAAACAGCAAAAUCCCAACUUGCCAAUCACAGUUACAUUUGAUUACUUACGCUCUGGACAAACAGAACAUGCUGUCACUAUUGAAGUUGAUGAAGAACAGGAUCCUCAGCUGGAGGAUUCUCGCUUGGAUUAUAAAUUUUUACGAUUGAAAGAGUGCAAAGGUAUACAAGAUCGUGUUCCUCUUGGUUCAAUCGUCCGAAAUCGUCAAUUGCAAGAAGGUCUGGUUAUAAUCGUUGGCCAUCCGGAGGGAAAUGAAAUGCAGGAAGAAACAUGCGUUGUUGUCAGCAGUUAUUCAUGGCGGGAAAAGCUUAGACGAAGACAUGAUAAAUUUAUAGAGAGACACAUAGAUAACCCAGAUCCUAGUUUGCACAUGACCAAUGAACAUUUAUUACGCUCUAGCGAAAAAUACAAAGAUUGUCUGCCCUACGACACAAGUUUCUUUUCUGGUGCUGGUGGCUCUCCUGUUUUUGAUCUGAAUGGAAACAUUGUCGCUAUGCACACGCAAGGAUAUACACUAAACGUUGAGGGCGGACAGUGUUCCUUGAUGGAGUUUGGUGUCCAGUUCAAUGCAAUUUGUGACGACAUGAAAAGACGGCACAUUGAUGUUAAAGAAUUCUUUCCAAAUCAUAAUUUGGAUGUCGAUGAACAGUCGAUGAAUCAAGGUGAGUUUUACUCCUGAAAUAUAAGUCCUUGCUUUAAUUUUAUAAAAUUCAUGAAAUAUAAAGUCUGAAAAUAUAAGGGUCAGUAUUGUUUGCGUUAAUGUUUUAGGAGAGAUUGUUUGAUAUAAGCGGCGUUAACUUAUCAAAGUUGAAAUGCUAUCGAUUAAACACGGUUUCCAAACCAAUGCUGUAACUAUUUUGAUCGUUUCAUUUUCUGAUAUUUUCACUUUACUAAUUAUUAUGGUAGAAUGCGGUGCAAGUUCUAAAUUUUCCUGUAAAUACGGUUCAGGUAUACACAUUUUAGAAUACAGUCAAAAUUGCCUUGUGUAACAUUGACCUUAUUUCUAAAUGUAGAUCUACUUCUAAAUGUAGUCUAUUUCUAAAUGUAGACCUACUCUUAAAUGCAGUCUAUUUCUAAAUGUAGAUCUGCAAUGUGAGAUUAAUAUAAAACAAGUUUUUCAUAUAUCUGAGUAUAGUUCUAAAAUGGAACUUUCCCGCUCUAAACAGAAUUGGCAUAACGUUUGUUUGUUUGUUUACAUCCAAUUCACAACUUUGGAUAACGCAUGCGCCUAUCUACAAUUUGUUCUAGUUUGGGAAGUUAGGAAGUAUAUAAUAAUACAAAGCUGACUAAGCACUAGAAUUAUCUACAUAUGUAAAUAACUACAGUAUGAUCAUACAUAAUUCUUGUGCUUAGUUACAGUACCUUUGUUCAAUUCCCACGCUUGCUUCCGUUAACUGGAACAAUAGUAACUGGGCACGUGUGUUUACUAAAGUUGUGAAUAGACCUUAUGCAUAAUGACGUCACAAAGCUUGAUGCCUGCGAGGAAUGCUGGUCUUAGUAGUUAUCGCCCGCGAAAAUUAAACAAUUCAAAAUGUCCACUAUCGAAAUUUUCCCAGGCCAUAACCACUAAGACCAGCAUUCCUCGCGGGCACCAAGCCUUGUGACGUCAUUAUGCAUAAGGUCUAUUGGGUAGCAACGACGUUAACAAGCAUUAGUCCAAUUUUUCUGUUGCACUAAAGUGUUAUGGUUGUUUGAACGAAUGAAAAUGUGGUUUGUUGCCCAUAAAGUUAAAAUUAAAUAAAAAACCCUAAAAAAACAGCUUUUUAAUUUGGCCUGUAGACUUUUACAUCAGCGUGAAAUAAAUAUUAUUUGCAUGGUACUUUUAAUCAUUCUAAGCUGUUACGCAAUCUUUCUUACAAAUACAGAAACCGAACCGAAACGUGAGGAAAUGAAAGAUGAAAAGGAAAUCUGGUUUAAAGAUACUUUCCUUGACUCCAAACGCAAGCUGAAAGAAGAAGUUCACGAAGAACUAAGAAG